AUGGACAAAAGCAAAAUUCUUGUGCUCUAUCCUGAUCCGGCGGGUAUAGACAAGGUUAUUGCCACUGCAAACACCCAAAACUCCAAAAACGGCCCGUUUGAUGCCGCUGUUUUCCUCGGCUUGUCCAUUCCAGAAACCGCUCCGGAAACGGUACCAGAGAUCCCCAUCUACUUUUUUGGGGCAGAAGGCGACCUGCUAGAGGAUAUUGGGCCCAACUUCACAUGUGUAAGGAAGCAGUGGGCGAUUGUUCGACUCCAGUCGGGCGUGACAAUGGGAUUCUGGAAUCAAAAAGCGAAAAAGGAAGCAAGCCAAGAAGCACAUGAAACACUAGAGGACGAAGAAACACUCCAGAAAGAAGAAGCUCAAUUCAGAGACGUGGACAUUCUCUUCACUCAUCAUUGGGCACGAGCAGUAGGCGCGACGCAGCAGCUUAUGCUUGUUGGAAACAAGAAAGUGGACUCUGUUGUUCAGGCCACCAGACCCCGCUACCACUUUGCAGUAGGAUCAGAAACGGGCAGGUUUUACGAGCAUGGUCUCUUUGCAUGGUCGAAAUCUCGCACGUGUCGCUUUGUGUCGUUGGGGAGACAAAACUCGGCGCAGAGAUGGUUCUACGCUUUUUCUAUUGACAAGAUUGCGGGAGUCGAGUCUGCCGUAGCAGAGAAUCCUUUCCGCCAAGUGAAAAAGGCAGAGGAAGAAGAGAUGGGAAAAAGGCCAAGAGCCGAGCCAGAACAGAGAAUGACGGAGAACGGCAGUAUGGCCAAACGGCCACGGAUCGCGCCGCUGAGUUGUUUCUUCUGUCUUUCGAACCCAAAGUUCGAAGCGCACAUGGUGGUGUCUGUCGGGGAACACAGCUAUCUAACGAUUGCCAAAGGGCCUCUUCCACGACCACACAAAACAUUGAACAUGACUGGUCAUGCCAUCAUAAUUCCUAUAGCACAUGAAGCGACUAUUGACCCGUCCAGCAAAGCAUUCCAGGAAAUGGAAGAUUUUCAGCGGCGCUUGGCAACUGCAUUUUCGGCCCAUGCCAUGGCAACAGUUUUCUUUGACAUUGCUCGUCCCGAGAAUGUCCAUUACCACAUGCAAAUGGUGCCAAUACCGCUCUCAGCAGAUUUCGCCGCCUCUUUGGCUGAGAAGACUAGAGACAACGACAAAUUUGAGAGAAACCAGCGGUUGGUAUUCAAAGAGUAUGCUGGCGCAGACCUCACCUCGAUUCUUCAAACAGGACGGUAUGUUCGUUUUAUUGUCUAUAAAGGUGAAGAACCUGUGCAUUACGUGGCACCUUUGGAAGGUGAAAAAAGCCUUGAUCUCCAGUUUCCAAGAAGAGUGUUAGCUCAUGUGUUGCACGUACCCAAACGGAUCUACUGGGAUAAAUGCCGUCAGACGAAGGCGCAAGAAACACAAGAAUGUGAAACGUACAAGAGCUUUUUCGAGCAAUACUAG